AUGUUACGCCGUAGCGUACCGUCUUUAUAUUCCACUAUUGUGGCACCUAUUGGAAAAGGACGUGUUGUCCCCUUGAAUUUCAGUGGCCCCAAACCCGUGUAUCAACCAAAGAGUUUUGUAACACAAUUUAAUGUACUUGGGAUGUGGACUAUCAGCAAUAUGAUUCCUAAUUUUAUAUUUGGUGCUUUACUGAUUGCAGGCGCUCAUGGAGGUUUGGCAGGCGCAUGGCCCCCGGAUCCGCAUUCGCUUCAUCCAUAA